AUGAUCUAUAAUCCGAAUCAUGAAAUGGUUAAAAAAGAGGAAUAUAGUAUAAAAAGAGAGUUACCACCACAAUUAAAUAGUACACCACCACCAAAGAAAAAAAUAAGAAAUGAUGGAAUAUCAACUUUACUAACUCCACUAUCGUCCAGUCCAACAAAAAUAAUUGAAGAAAGUAAACAAAAAGGACGUCGUGGUCUUGGUUUUACAUUCAAAAACUUUGAUGACGAAACAACAGAAUGGGAUUUUGAUAAUGAUCCCGCUCCUAUAGAAGAAGAAGAAGUUCGUCGGUGUCCACCAAAUAAUCAUAUAGAAGCUCCAUUAAAUCUCGAUGAAAUGCGCGAAUGGAUUAAACUUGGACUAAAAAAGAAAGUGAUCGAUGAUGAAAUUGAAUUUUGUGAUGAAGAUAUACUUAAAGAAAUGUUAAAUGGAAAAACUGUAUUUGAUGAAUUACCACAAAAAGAAAUGGAAGAAGCUCGAGCACGAAGUAAUGUCUAUGAAACAAUUGGACAAUCAAUUUUUCUCAAUCGAGCUGCACUAAAAAUGGCUAAUAUUGAUUCUGUAUUUGGACGAAUGUUUACCGAUCCAAAAACUCCUAAUAAUCAAAGACCAUUAGUUCAUCCUGAUGAACCAUUUUAUUUUGCUGAUAUUUGUGCUGGUCCCGGUGGUUUUAGUUUUGGUUUUACAUUAAAAGGCAAAUCAGAUUUUGCUCUUCAAAAAUUUCUUGCUGGUACAUCUGAAACAUUUUAUCCAUAUUAUGAUGUCAAAGAUCUUGAUUGUGAUGGUGAUAUAUUUAAAUCAGAAAAUAUAGAUGCUUUACAAAAUUAUGUAAAUAAAUGUACAAUGCAUAAUGGUGUACAUAUUGUUAUGGCUGAUGGAAGAUUUUCGGUAGAAGGACAAGAAAAUAUUCAAGAAAUUUUAAGCAAACAAUUAUAUUUAUGUCAAUUUCUAACAGCUUUGUCAAUUCUUCGACCAGGUGGUCAUUUUGUUUGCAAAUUAUUUGAUGUAUUUACUCCAUUCAGUGUGGGACUUGUUUAUUUAAUGUAUCGUACAUUUAAUCAAAUAUCUAUUCAUAAACCAGUUACAAGUCGACCAGCAAAUUCUGAACGAUAUAUUAUAUGUAAAGGUCUUCAUGAAGAUAUUCGAGAUAUUGUACGGGCAUAUAUGUAUGAAAUAAAUGUUCUUCAGAAUAAAUCUAAUGCUAAUUCUGAAGAUAAUGAUGUUCAAUCAAUUGUUCCAAUGCAUAUUUUAAAAGGAAAUGAAAACUUUUAUGAAUAUAUUCGAGAUUCGAAUAAUCAAAAAAUUCGUGCUUUUGUUAGCAAUGCAACUUUGAGAGAUAAUCGACAAAAUGAAGUUCGUUCAAAAUGUCUUCAAUUAUGGAAGAUUCCAGAUGAACCACGACAAAAACCACGAAGAUUGCAUUAUAAUGAUCUUCAAAAUAAUAUUUUUUAUCAACUUGAUAAUGGUAUUGAAAAUGUUCUUUUGAAUACACCAAAUUUAUUUAAAAAUUCUGUUCUUGAUCAACAUCAAAUAGAAUCAUUAUUUGAUUAUCGAUGUGUAUAUUCAUUAGAUGAUCCUGUUCUACUUUUAUCAUGUGGUGUAAGUCUUUUUGCUUUUUUUUUUUAA